GCUAGAUUUGCAAAGAGAAAACAAAAUCUCACAGAUAUAUUGGAUCCUCAGAAUCUCAGCUUUAGCCUUUUGCCUAUUUAAAGCAAAAACCCACCCACCUCUCUCUAUUUCCCCUUUCGUACGCCUCUCCUCUAUAAACACGCUUCAACGCCUUACUCACACAACCAAAAGCUGCUUCUUCAAAAAUACUCUGCUUCUCUCUGUUUUUUUUAUUGUUUCCACGAGGACCCAUUUCAGCUGACGCGCUAAAUACCCCUCUAGGCUCCUCUUCAAGCUCUGCAAGGCUCAAUGGCGAUGGCCAGUGAGGUGUUCAGGCCUAAUUUGCCCGAAAGUUUUGAGCUUUCUGCUGAUUCUCAGAUGGGUUCUGGGGAGCUGCAUGUUCUUGCCGUGGAUGAUAGCCACGUCGACCGGAAGGUCAUUGAGAGGUUGCUAAAGAUAUCAUCUUGCAAAGUGACGGCUGUUGACAGUGGGACAAGAGCUCUGCAGUAUCUAGGAUUGGAUGGGGAGAAGAGUUCUGUCGGAUUUGAUGCUAUGAAGGUGAAUCUUAUAAUAACAGACUACUCAAUGCCUGGGAUGACCGGAUAUGAGUUGCUAAAGAAGAUCAAGGAAUCUUCAGCUUUUAGAGAAGUUCCGGUGGUGAUCAUGUCAUCAGAAAACAUCCUGACCCGAAUUGAUAGAUGUUUGGAGGAAGGAGCUGAGGAGUAUAUAUUGAAGCCAGUAAAGCUCUCAGAUGUGAACCGCUUGAAACAUUUCAUGAUGGGAGGAGGAGAAAGAAGAGAAAGUGAAGAGAAGAAGAUUCACAAGAGAACAUUUCAAGUUGACUACAAUGCAUCAUCACCUCCCUCUCCUUUACCGCAACUGUCUCCUUCGUUUGCUUGCAGUCUAGCAUCAUCUCAGCUACCGUCUUCGUCGCCAUCAUCGCCCUCGUCACGGUGUUCGUCAAAGAGACCUAGACUGCACAAGACAGAUUGAUAUUGUCUGCCAUUAUUAGGAUUUUUAACUUCACGUUCAUACAGAGUGUCCCCAUUUGGCAGUAUAGAGAAUUUCCUGUUUUGCCACGUAUGUUUUCUUCCACAACCUUGUGUAAAUUUGCCAGCAUAUAACUUUCACCCUGCCCAGAAAAGAGAAAGGGGAAAAGGUUAGACAGAGACAUAUAAGCAAGACUUGGGGUUAAAAGGUUCUUUCCUUCCUACUUUUUGUGGAUGUUGGAGAUGGAAAAUCUCAACACAAUCAAUGGAAAUCCCAAAAUAUUUUGAGGGGAAUAUUUUGUUGUCUACUCAUCUUUAUUUUCAACCAUUCAAUAUCUGGUUGUCUGUCAUUUUUCACCCUUUUGAGUUGGAAUCAUUUCACGUGCUUUGCUUCUAAAUUCUACUUUGGUGCCAAAACUUUUGUCAUGGGCCAUCAUGGAUACACCAACUUUUGAAGAUUUUAGCUAAACUUGUUAGUAUACGAUCUCAAAGCUCACCAGUCGGUCUGUGUGAUUUUUGCUUUAAAGACCAGCAACGAGAUGUAGACCCUUAAAAUCAUUAGCCUCACUAGUUUUAUAGGGCCCCAUUAAGAUUCAUCACAUCUUGGUUUUUCGUUUCAUGGACCACACAGGAUCGCAACCCCACAUCUGAUCAAAUGCUUCA